AUGGAUCGGCCGUCACUAGGCAAGCGAUCGUCCUUUCCGGCGCUUCAAGUACCGCGGCAGAAUGUACAGUCGCAGCUGGUUGAGAUAUCGAACGAGCAAAAGCACAGAUCCUUUUAUGGGUACACAUACCCCACGAACCAGGUUCCUGCCCCGCCCCAGAACCCGAUGGCAUUUGACAGCAGUUGGCCGCUGCUAGGAGGUGCUUGGGCGGUGACGAACUAUGGCCAUUUUAUUGCUACAAACACAAUCAAUGAAGAGAAUACGAACAGGAUCCAUAUACUCUCUGCUUCUCAGGACGCUCAUGGCGGGUACCAGGGCCUCUCGAACGUUGCAGACGCGGCUGUGUAUUUACCUCAAACAAAAGUUGCUUGGGACCCAUUGGGAUCCGGCAAUGGAACUCAAUUACGCAUGCUGAGUACUGGUGAUUGUUUGCGGUUGUGGAAUUUGAACAUGGCUACUGGCAAACUUGACGCGGUGAGUCCGUUGGUUAAGCGAUCGAAAUCGAACCCUGAAGACCAACCGGCUCCACUUACCAGUUUUGAUUGGAACAAUAUCGACAACUCGAUUGCAAUCACUUCAUCCAUCGAUACCACAUGCACAGUGUGGGAUCUGAAUACUAAAACGGUGCGUACUCAACUGAUUGCCCACGACUCUGAUGUGUACGAUGUGGCAUUUUUGGCGCAAACUCCGCAUAAGUUUGUUAGUGUCGGGGCAGACGGGUCAGCACGAGUCUUCGACUUGAGGGCACUGGACAAUUCGACGAUUAUCUUUGAACUGCCGCCCAAAUUUCCUGGCGACGCUCCAGCUCCUCUGCUCCGAGUAGCUGCCAAUCCCACCAAUGCCAACCUGCUUGCAUGCAUAGCAUACGACUCGCCAGAUAUUUAUAUUUUGGAUGUCCGGUCUCCGAGGAAUCCAGCAAGCAUCCUCGAGGGCCACCAGGGCCCCGUCAACUCGAUCCAAUGGGCGCCUGCUCACGUUGGACAGAACUGUAUUGUUUCAGGCGGCGACGAUUGCCAAGCGUUGGUGUGGGACGUUUCGCGGGCCGAUCGGACCCCUACAGCCGCAUUCACAGAUACCGGCCAGAUCAAUUCGGUAUUCUGGUGCCCUACCGGCGAGUACCUCGGUGUUACUUCCGGACGCACUUUACAGGCCGUGGGAUUCAACCGCUAUUAA